UAUCGAAUGAAUUGUUUUAUUUGAAAAAAAAAGACCUGCUUUUCCUACUGCCCUAACUGCAUAUCCCUCUCACUUCAGGCCAGUGAGCAUAGGGGCAGCCAAAAUGCUUCUAAUGUGGACAUGGCAGGCAUAGUUCACAGUGAUAAGGACUAAACCUGUUGCCAGCUGCCACUUCUCAGCAUGUGUCGAGGUUUAGCUGCACUUCCCUUCACUUGCUUUGAAAGAGCCAAAGAAUUCAAGACUCGCUUAAGGCUCCUGCUUCAUAAAACAGAGCUGGGACAUGAGUUGAGCUCCAGCAAGCCUCUGUGGGGCACCAAGAUGAGAUACUCCUCAGAAGAGGUACUAGGAUGGAAACAAUCUUUUGACCAGCUGCUUAAGAGUAAAAAUGGGUUGUCUGCAUUCUACACCUUCCUGAAGACAGAGUUCAGUGAGGAGAACCUGGAGUUUUGGCUGGCUUGUGAAGACUACAAAAAGACCCGGUCAAAAUCUAAAUUGGCAUCCAAGGCGAACAGGAUCUUUGAAAAGUUUAUUCAAAAUGAAGCACCCAGAGAGGUAAAUAUUGACCAUGAAACCAGAGAGCUAACUCGGAAAAACUUGACAAGUGCUACCUCUGCUUGCUUUGAUGAAGCUCAGGCAAAAACCCGCACCUUAAUGGAGAAGGACUCCUACCCCCGGUUCCUGAAAUCCACCUCUUACUGGAAAAUGACUGAACAGGCUAGCAGCCAUGGCACCAGCAAGCAGUCACACACCUGAUUCAAUUCACCCACACUGCCAGAAAUGGUGUGUGAGAGAAGGUCCAUAUGGUGGAAUGGAGGGAGAGCAGAAGAGGCAGGAGCCUGAGAAACAGCCAGAGAGGCACAAAGAGCUUCUAGCAGUGGAGGUGUAGCUGAAGUCUUGGGAUUUUAUCCUUAUCAGGAUCCCCAGGACCUCCAGCACUUCCAUGUACCCCCAUGGUACAGGUCCUCUUCCACUGCUGCCAUGGGAGACUGUGAAAUGGAAACUGUUGGGGGAAAGAAAUGGGUGGACAGUUACUUCUAUGCAGGCAAGUGCUCCAGUGACAGAAAUUGAAUGGAGGCAGGUGUUAAACAAGAGGCUUGCACUAAAGACUGAGAAAGACAGAAAGGCUGGAUUUGAGUGGCAGGCUCCAGUGAAAAUAGGGCAGACUGAAUUCCCCUUGAAACUGUUCACCACCUAGUGCUGAAAUGUGUGCAUGAAUGAAUGUAUAUAUUAUUAUUUAUAUGCAUGAGUCAGAGCCUCAGGUUGCUCUCAGGACCCUGCCUCUGCCCUUACA